AUGGAAGAGCAAAUCGAACGCACAGACUUCAACUCACAUACUCGCACCUUUACGGGCUGUAACACGUGUCGCAAUCGGCACGUCAAGUGUGAUGAAGGGCGCCCAACAUGUUCCAUGUGCGCAUCUUUUGGUGUUAUCUGUGCUGGUUACGGAAAGAAAAUCUUUUUUGACCCAAAGAAAUCGGACGCGAAGGUCCGGUUUCGAAGGCCCCUGCUCACUGAGGAAGAACGCGAACUUAUGAGUCAGUGGCUAGUCUCCAGUGCUCCGCCCAAGUCUACAUUUCAACUGCUAUCCCGGAUCGAUCAGGAGUGCGAGAACUCGGUUCCGUCGGGUUUCCAGCUAUCUCUCGGGCCGUUUGGCGUUUUCAAAGUGCAACAAGGCCAUGCAACGCCCGAAGAACCCGAGUCGCUGCCUCCAAUCGAGGACAUGGGGGAUCCUGAUACAUGUAGUCCAGAGCAGGACGAGCUUCCUAUGCUGAGCCCAUUCCCGGUCAAUAUCCAAUGCUCACAACUAUCACCAUCGUUUAUGCAAUCCUUGCUAAGGCCACCCGAGCCACAGCCGAGCUCAAGCUCUCCAGAUCUAUUGGAUUACUUGAUGGAGCAAGGCCACCUCGACGAGACAUCUUUAGUACAGCCGCAAAGAUACUCCACCACUCAUCUGAUAUCCGAGCCCUACUACCACUCACAUAGGUCCCUCAAUUUCCUAGCCCCCAGCUCAGACACGUCCUGUUCAGUUCCACAAGACGCUGUCGUCUUGAUCAAACACUACUCUUCAACCGUUAUCAGUCUCAUGACGCCAGUUCGGCAUAAGAAGACCCCUUGGCACAUACUCUUCAUCCCUCAUAACAAAGACUGUCUAGCAGCUCUCGCCUUGGGUGAGGAUAUGAGCAAUGCAAGCCUUUGCAAUUUCUACGGAACUUUGGCCAUCAGCGCCUUCAGUCUCGGCGGCGUUUCUCGAUCUGAAACAUGGCUCGAGCGAGGACAAAUUUACCUCCAGAAAGCACAGGAUCACGCCAGAAUGAUGCUCCUGACUGCCUAUGACAUCCCUAAACCAGCCAAAUACAAAUCCAUAUUGAUGGCAAUUCUCACCAUGGUGCAAGUAUCCACCUUCUCCGGUAAUCGACACCAGGCGGAAGCGUACUUCCUAGAAGCAGAAAAAUUCAUUCGCUUGAAAGGGCUUAGGCGCAGAAAAUCGCGAAAGGUACGCCUUUUACAUCACUGCUACGUUUUCGAGCGGAUGUUUCACGAAAGCAUCUUCGUCUGCGCUGCGAAUUCCAAUCACCGGCAACAUGUUCGCCGAGCGAUUGAAUCGAGUGGACUUGCGCCUGCGAGCGUGGAUGGGCUCUCCUUUCGUCUUUACAGAUGGAAGAAUCUGCAUAAGGAGAUGCUUCGCGUACGCGAUCGGGAGGAAGGGGAGAAUGAUUUGCACCUUGAGCGCCCAGGGCUCUUCUCAGCCACGCUGUACCCCGAAAUCUUCGGCAUUCCCGAAGCCUGGCUGCUUCUUCUUUCUUGUGUGAUUCGCCUCGGGACAGAGAAAGAUUCCGCCGAAGAACAAUCCAACCCAAACAGCCUCAACCUGAAGGAUUUUUUUAACCGUGCAAAGGCCCUGGAAGACCACAUUAAUCAACUUCAACGUCCAAAUCAAGCGACCUUUACCUUGUCAUCCCAACACUCCACCAUUGACCAACACAUUUUAGAGAACAUGCUCGAGGCAAUGCGUCUCGCUCUUGCCAUUUACUUUUACCGUCGAAUAUACGACAUCAACGCAUCCAUGUUGCAAGAAAAGGUAACCGGAGUGCGUGACUGCCUCCUGCAAUGCGAGUAUACCGAUUCAAGCGUAGUCCACGGCUCUGCGGGCUUUAUCUGGCCAGCUUUUAUCGCAGCCUGCGAGGCUGAUGAUCCGGACGUGCAAGAAACCUUCGCGACGUGGUUUGAGAUUUCUGCGCGGCGUAGCGGGUUAUCCGGGUUCACGAAAACCUUGAGCUCGAUCCGCAAAAUCUGGCAAGAGAAGCGUGGUCAAGGGUCUAGUAUGACUUGGUUGGAUUUGAUGAGGAAAGUGUUGCCAGUGCAGGAACAUAGGGAUUGGGAAGGUUCUUUUGGAGCGUAG